AUGCAAGAUUCGGACGACGAGAACUACGACUUCGAAUACGAGGAAGAUGAAGAUGACGCAGAGCAGGGCGGUGAUGUGGAUGUGGAGAACAAAUACUACAACGCAAAGCAGAUGAAGGGUGAUGCGCCUGAAGAAGCGAUUGAAGAGUUCCUCGGUGUGCCGGCGCUGGAGCCUGAGAAGGGCAAUUGGGGGUUCAAAGGUCUGAAGCAGGCGAUCAAGCUGGAGUUCAAGUUGGGCCACUACAACAAGGCCGUCGAACACUACACCGAGCUCCUCACCUACGUCAAAUCUGCCGUCACCCGCAACUACUCCGAGAAGUCGAUCAACAACAUGCUGGACUUCAUCGAGAAGAAUGCGGAAGAUGAGGCUGCAAACGAGUGCAUGGAGCACUUCUACUCCAAGACGCUUGAGUCUUUCCAGGCAACCAACAAUGAGCGGUUAUGGCUGGCGACUAACACGAAGCUGGCAAGGCUCUGGCUCGCGCAGAAGGAUUACACUCGUCUGACCGGCAAGGUUCGAGAGCUCCACAAGGCAUGCCAGAGGGAGGAUGGGACGGACGACCCGAGCAAAGGGACGUACUCGAUGGAAGCGUACGCUCUGGAAAUCCAAAUGUAUUCCGAGACCAGGAACAACAAGCGUUUGAAGGGCUUGUACGAGCGUGCGCUCAGUGUUCGUUCGGCGGUGCCGCAUCCCAAGAUCAUGGGCAUCAUUAGAGAGUGUGGAGGGAAGAUGCACAUGAGCGAAGAGAACUGGAAGAGCGCCCAAAGCGACUUCUUCGAAUCAUUCCGCAACUACGAUGAGGCCGGCUCGCUGCAGCGAAUCCAGGUGCUGAAGUACCUUGUGCUCACAACCAUGCUCAUGGGGUCAGACAUCAACCCGUUCGACUCGCAAGAGACCAAGCCCUACAAGAACGACCCGCGCAUUGCCGCAAUGACAGCUCUUGUCGAUGCAUACCAGCGCGACGACAUCAAUCAGUAUGAAACCAUUCUUCAGCAGAACAAGGACCUCCUUGCAGACCCGUUCAUUGCCGAGAACAUCGACGAAGUCACCCGCAACAUGCGUACCAAGGCGGUGGUUAAGCUUGUUGCGCCCUACACUCGCUUCCGGCUCGACUUCAUCGCGAAGCGCCUGCACAUUUCCGUUCCCGAGGUCCAAGAUAUCGUCGGCUUCCUCAUCAUGGACAAGAAGCUGCGUGGCAAGAUCAACCAAGAUGUCGGGACUGUCGAGAUCGAGAGCCGCGCGGACCUGGACCGGAUGCACGCCGUGGCUGACUGGACGACAGCGAUCCGCUCGCUUGCUUCCGUCGUACUGAACGAGUCGGAAGGUUUCAAAUCUGACGACGCGCUGGGAGGCGGGGGUGGGCCGUCGUUUGCUUCUUCCAUGCCUGAGUCCUUCAUGUCGUCUGCGAGAGGACCGGCCGCGGGCACGUCAGGCAAGCGCAAGCCGAACCGGGCGCCAGGAAAGUGA